AGCUGCAUGGUGGGUGUGGGUUAUUGCAUUAUCGUCAUCCUCACCUUUAAUAUUUAAUAUAGUGAAUUUGGGGGCUACAGUAUUAUCAUCACACUCGUUCUUAAUACUGAACUGAGUGUUGUAUUACAGUAAUCGUCACCCUUACCCUUAAUACUGAACUUCAUGGAUCCAGACCUCUAGCUGUUUCGAAAGACUGUGUCAGUAGUAUUUUGACUUAAUCGGAUUGCCUGAAUACUAGGCUUGAUACCUUCUUUUAACUUUAAACUUUGCAACAAAAGUCAGGAACUGUUUUGAGUCCUGUGUCCAAGCCCCCUUGAUCUAUGCAAUGAACCACAACAUAUCCAAACAGGAAAUGCAAAGUUCCAGCAGCUGCUACGCAGAAGGAGACAAAACAAAUCAGCUCUCUGUGCACCUGAAAAGAAAUGCUUUUGAGGAUUCUGUGCCAUCCCAUUCCAGCAGGGCUAUCAUUUCUCAUUUUCUGGGCAAAGCUACCAAGAAAAAUAGUUUAACAACUCAAGACUUUGACUUCUCGUCAAGGAAUCUGUCCCAUUCCACUGCAGAAUCAUUUCAGGAGGACAGAAGCAGUGACUGCUCCAAAGAUAGUGUACAGGACCUUGGCUCGCCUUUCAGUCAGUACCAUAUUUCAACCAACACUGAAGGGGACCGAUUGCUCGACAAACAUUUGCAAGCAAAGAGGGCAAGAGUAGAGAACAUCAUCCGAGGAAUGAGCAGUUCUCCGAACACCAUCCUCAACAGUGAGCUUGAGAGGGACUGUUGCCAACGACCUGGAAUUUUGGGAGAUAGAUACAAAGAGAAUAAACGGAAGCAGAGACUUCCUCAACAACAGCAAAAGCAGGAGAAUCCCUGGAAAUUUCCCAAAUUAACUGCAUCACUCAAGAAUCACAAGAGACGGGAAUGUCAUAAAUUAAAGCAGCAGUUACAGGAUAUGCAGGGAAAACUCCUUGAACUUCAAGAAAAGUUUUUCCAGAUGUAUGAUGCCAGUGAGUCUGAACAAGAGGACCAGGGGGACACUUCUGAUUACAGCUUCCAUUUGGGUGGUCCUGACUGCAAUGGGGAGAAUGGAGAAAAUACUCUAGAAAGAUGCCUUUCAGAAAUGGACCAAGGUUAUGACUGUGCUCAAUCGUUUGGCCAAGAAAAAGAACUGACAAUGCCAAAAGAUGCAAACAAACAUCACGAUGUAGACAGGAAAUUCAACAAUCAUACACAUUUUUCGUUCUCUCUUGUCAAGGGUGGCUAUCUUGCAGACGCCCUUAAAUAUGAAUUAACCAACGCAGUAGCUCACAUUGUAGAUUCAGCAGUGCAGUUGUUCUCUGUGAAACCUUCAAACGUCUCUUCCCAAGCAUUUCAAAGCUUGCCAGCCUCUCUGCCUAAGGGUCUCAUGCCUAAUGAGAACUCAAACUUGAGGAUGGCCAGUCAUGACCUUCGCCACUCUCAAGAUUCAAUGACGAUACGCAGAUGUUAUGACAACUCUCAAAGCCCUUCUAUCUAUGACAUUCAGGAUCAGACAGAAGCAAUACCAUUAGUAGUGAGAAAAUCAUCCCAAAACCAAUCUAGCAUUGGUAACUCUGUUAUUAAACAGGCAUGCCAAAUGCCUAACACCAAGAUACCUUUAUCAUUAGCGUUAGGCGCGCAGAUGCCUCUGACUGAAUUGCCUGAACCUCUAUUGAGAUAUGGUGCACACAAUGACAUAAGACAUUGCCUCUCAGCUACUGAAAAGGAUUCAUCUUCUGAAUCAACGCCUCCUUCAUGGGAUGCAGUCAAAAUGAGAUCGAAGGUUAUCUCCCAUCAUAUGGCAGAACAGCCGUUCCCACAAUUAGGUCGAAGUCCAGCAGAGAAUCUCUGUCUUUCUCGCAUUAAGUCUGAACGUGGAGAGUUGCAUUCCAUGGAAGAUGUCACUCCAUUCAAAUCAGUUAAUGACGGACUAACGCCUAAUCACCUGAAGAAGGCCAAGCUGAUGUUCUUCUACAUCCGUUAUCCCAGCUCAACCACAUUGAAAACAUACUUCCUGGAUGUUAAGUUUAACAGAUGCAUCACAUCACAGCUUAUCAAAUGGUUCAGCAAUUUUCGAGAGUUUUACUAUAUCCAGAUGGAGAAAUUCGCCCGGCAGGCUGUAAAUGAUGGCAUAACCAACGCCAAUGAUCUAAAAGUCACCAGAGACACUGAACUUUACCGUGCUCUCAACAUGCACUACAACAAAGCUAAUGAUUUUCAGAUUCCCAAACAGUUUUUGGAAGUUGCGGAAGUGACACUUCGAGAAUUUUUUAACGCAAUCUACUCUGGAAAAGACUCGGACCCCUCCUGGAAAAAAAACAUUUAUAAGGUGAUCUGUAAACUGGACAGUGAGGUCCCUGAGAUAUUUAAUUCGCAGGGGAGUCUGCAAGACAUCCUGUACAAUUAGAACUGUGGGCUGCACCAGCUUCUGGGUUUGAGGGAUUCGGCUUGGGGGGACAACAUUCUGCAACAAUGCACAUUUUGAUGUUUGGGGGCAAUUGGAGCCAAUCAGGACUGAGGUUCAUAGGUUUUUGUCACAGUAUCAAGGGAUUUGAACUAAAACAGCUAAUGGAGUUGAGACGCAUGUUAGCCACAAUCUAAUUGGAAGACAAAAGGGCCUGAAUGGCCGAUGUUUAAAGUUUAAAAAAAACUGUUUUGGAUUUCUUCUCACAUCCAAGCCACCUUCCAUAUUGACAAGAGGACUAUAUCAGUAGAAUUUCCUCUUGUUAUACGAGCUAAAGAUUUCUGGUUGUGAAAAUAGUUCAGUGGACUCAAGCACUGAUGUGUGAAUAAUCCAGAGAAUGGAAGGUCAUCAUUUUCAUUCCACUAUAUUCCCAAUUGGAGUUCUGCUGAGCAAGAACGGACAUGUUUGAGGGGGAAAGAAAUUCAAUGGGGAUCUCACAAUCAGCUAAGGAGGGUGUCCAGGAGUCUUGAAGCAGGUGCUAUCGAUUAAACGCUGUGGCUAAAAGCACUAGGAGUGUAGAAAGGGGGACAUCCAUGCACAGCAGGAGGAAGGCUGAAAUUACUUGCCCCUUUCAUCAAAGGGCAGGUGAGGUCUUAUGGCUCAAUGAGUAUUGUCCCUGUCUCUGAGCCAGAGCUCCAGGUUCAAUUCCAUGGAAAGAACAUUCAUGAUUCAGUUGACAGGGGGAUAAUCUGUCCAAAUUUAUCCAUCCAUUCCUGAAGGAGAAAAAUCUGUGCGAAAUUUGAAAAAGAAAUCUGAUGAUAUGUAGAAUUCUGCUGCAAAUAUUAAUAUUUUUGUCAAAAUGUAGAAAAUUGAGAGAAGCAGGACAAAUGGAUGGAAAGAUCAGACACUAAGUCCUGAAAUAAAGCACUGUCUCCCACUGUGUUACUCCCAUCCAUAGCAUGAUGACAAGAUAUAGAGCUGGUCAGGGAGAAGACUUGACCAACUUGUUCUUGACCAACUUCUUGAAGAAAUUGGUUGAAUCUCCUGAUACUCUGCAUCAUGAAUGGUAGGAAACUAACGAAAAUAGCGAACUGCUCACACUGGAUUUUCUGAUCUGAGUUGGCUGCCCUGCUUACUCUCAGAUAAUCCAAUGUAAUGAAUUCAGAAGGAACAGGAAUAUGGCUGGGGUGAGGACAAAAUUAAAUAUGUCUAUUUAAAUAAUAAAUUAUGUAAUAAAAUCUAGCAUGCAAAAGAAACUGUUCUCAAACACAGUGCAUCAUUAGUUCCAUUGAAAUAAUACUGCAUAUUUUUAAAAGUUCAUUCACAUGAUGUGAGCUUUGCUGGCGAAGACAGCAUUAUUUCCCAUCCCUAAUUAUUGCUAAGAGUCAACCACAUUGCUGUGGGUCUGGAGUCAUAUGUAGGCCAGACCAAAUAAAGAUGGCAGGUUUCUUUCUCCAAAGGGCAUUAGCAAAACAGAAUGAGUUUUCCACACAAUCAACAAUGGUCAUUAUUAGAAACUUAUUUUCAGAUUUUUAUUGAAUUAAAAUUCAGCUAUUUGCCAUAGCAGGAUUCAAACCCAAAUCCCUCAGAAUAUUACCUAGGUCUCUGGAUUAAUAGUCGAGUGUUAGUACCAUUAGGCACUCACCUCCAGUAAUUCCUGAUUGCCAUUUAAGUUGAUUUUGGUUAUUUUUGCAGGACAGCAAGAGUUCAUUAUUGUAUUUAAUGGCCGACUAGAUACUUUAAUUUCAGACAGAACACUGCACAUAGGGAACCAUUUCAGAUUGUCGCUUGUGUGAUAUCACAUGAGGGGUUAAUGGUCAGUAGUGUCAUUAUCAUUUAUUGCAUGUUCACUUAGCCUUUAAAAUAUCUCAGCUGCACUUUUGCUACAUUACAAAGAUUUUCUUUGUAUAUUUUGUCAAAAUUUUAAAUUCAUUCCUUAUUACAUAGAAUGUUAUAGCACAGUGCAGGCCAUUUGGCCCUACAGGUCUAUUUCAGUUUCAACAUUGACAGUCAUGCCUUUGGCCACCUCAGACCAACGGUCUGGAACUUCCUUCCAAAUAAAACUCAUACUUUGGUUUAGGUUGGAUGUAAUUCACCACAGAUUUAUCACAAACAUUUAUUUUUUGUUUUACAAGCUAUUAUUGCUUCACUUUCAGAAGCUGAUGGUUGUAUGUAAAUUGUAUUUUAAAAUUGUGAGGCCUCCCCCAUCCCCAAAUGAGAACUUCAUGUUGUACAUUUAUUUUCUGGGAUUUGCAAGGCCAGCAUUUUUCUGUCCAACCUUGAGUGACCUGAUAGAGUCAUAGAGAUAUACAGCACGGAAGUAGACCCUUCGGUCCAACUCGUUCAUGCUAACCAGAUUAAUCUGGUCCCAAACUAAUUUCAGGGACUGUUAAGAAUCAACCACAUAUCUGUGGAUCUGAAAUCGUAGCUGGCCACACAAGGUAUGGAUGGCAGAUUUCCAACACCUACCAAGUACAUUAGUGAUCAAAUGGGUUUUUCACAGUUAUCAUUAUGUUCCAGUUUUAUUAAUGCCACAAUGGGAAAUCAACCGCACCCCCCCACCCCAAACCAGAGUAUUGACUUCGACCUCUGGAUAACUAACCUAGUGACAGUACUGUGAUCAAGGUUUGUGCAAAGAUUUGUAGCUCGGGUGCCGUUGUCAUUGCUGUGGGUAUGUUCACCGAGCUGGGAAGGUGACUUG